CCCGGUCCCGCGCUGCAAAGGUCCCGCGCACGUCGGCUUUUCUGAAAAAGUUGUUCUUUAGGCCUCAUCGGAGAGCUUGCGACAUUUUUAUUUCUCGCAUAAUAAUCUUUUCGUAGUUAUUUUACCCGUCUACCGCUUUCAGUGAUGAUUACUGGACCUAUUUUUCUUCGUAAUUCCUUGAUUCGACAGAGAUAUCCUCCGGCUAAGCUGAUGUACAAGCAAAUCCAGUAUUUUAGUAGCGAAAUCCCGCCAAAACCGAAACCACCUCCAGGAAUUUUUACAUUGUACUAUUUUGAAAAGGCAGAACAGUACCUACAAAAUCACUCUGGUGUGAAGCCUAGUGAAAUCAUACAACGUCUCGGAGAUGAAUGGAAAACUGCUAGCCUUCAAGAGAGAGAUUUUUACCGGAAAAAAUAUCUCAGUCUUCUAGAACUGUACAAAUCUGAGCUUCAAGAUUAUGAGAACAAUCUAGAAGACGAUGAGAGGAUUCACCUAACUCUCCAGGAAGAAAUGCGGCCAGAAGAAGCUAACGCCUCGAUGGACCUCUCAAAACGGCUUGAAUUUCCUCAGAGACCUAUCACAGCCUUUGGGUAUUUCGUGAAAGCGGCGAAAGAGCAAUUCCCGAAGCAAUCAAGCCAGUCAUUGGCAUCUUGGAUCGAGCAGUUGACAGAAAAGUGGCACUCAAUGAAUGACGAAGAAAAACAGCCCUUCAGAGAGGCGAGCCAACGAGCUUAUCAGAAGUUUGAAGAGAACAAAGAAGAAUGGAAAAGUGUCUUCAGUUUGGAUGAAGUUGGAGGAUUUGUGCGUAAAUGAAGGCAGCGUUUGCUUUUUGCAUAAUUUAUGUGUUUUUGUUGAAUUGAUAACUCAAAGGAAAGUAGGAACUUACACUAAUAGUACUUAACUUAUGUGUUAUGUCAUUAUUGAGAUGUGACAAAUAUUAUUCAUAUGAAUGAGGAACCGAUCAAGUUUCGAUGUUGCACAAGUAAUGGCUCAAAUUAAAAUAUCUCUAUUGUGUUUCAAAAAUUAAAAAAGAAACCGACUGCA